UGCGCCUGCGCGACCCUGGGGCUGCCAGCGGCUGCUCCGCCCUGAUUGAUGCAUCCAGGCCUUGCACCCCGCGAGACCCCCGAGCACCCCGCUGCAGCCCCCGAGACCUCCGCAGUGCAGCCGCCCGGACAGCCCCCAUGUCGGCCGCGCCCGCCUACAGCGAGGACAAGGGCGGCGGCUCCGCCGGGGCCGGGGAGCCCGAGUAUGGCCACGACCCCGCCAGUGGGGGCAUCUUCUCGUCCGACUACAAGCGGCACGAUGACCUGAAAGAAAUGUUGGACAGCAACAAGGAUUCCCUCAAGCUGGAGGCCAUGAAGCGGAUCGUGGCGAUGAUCGCCCGGGGGAAAAAUGCCUCAGACCUGUUCCCUGCUGUGGUCAAGAACGUGGCCUGCAAGAACAUAGAGGUGAAGAAACUCGUGUACGUGUACCUGGUACGCUACGCCGAGGAGCAGCAGGACCUGGCUCUACUGUCCAUCUCCACCUUCCAGCGCGGUCUCAAGGACCCCAACCAGUUGAUCCGUGCCAGUGCCCUACGGGUGCUGUCCAGUGUGCGGGUGCCUAUCAUCGCGCCCAUCAUGAUGCUGGCCAUCAAGGAGGCUGCCUCGGACAUGUCCCCCUACGUGAGAAAGACAGCGGCACAUGCCAUCCCCAAGCUGCACAGCUUGGACUCGGACCAGAAGGACCAGCUGAUCGAGGUCAUCGAGAAACUCCUGGCCGACAAGACCACGCUGGUGGCGGGCAGCGUGGUGAUGGCCUUCGAGGAGGUGUGCCCGGAGCGCAUCGACCUGAUCCACAAGAACUACCGCAAGCUCUGCAACCUGCUCAUCGACGUGGAGGAGUGGGGCCAGGUGGUCAUCAUCAGCAUGCUCACCCGCUACGCGCGCACGCAGUUCCUCAGCCCCACCAAGAACGAGUCCCUGCUGGAGGAGAACCCCGAGAAGGCCUUCUACGGCUCGGACGAGGACGAGGCCAAGGGCCCGGGCAAGGAGGAGGCGGCCGGCCCGGCCCUGCCGGCGCGCAAGCCCUACGUCAUGGACCCCGACCACCGCCUGCUGCUGCGCAACACCAAGCCCCUGCUGCAGAGCCGCAGCGCCGCCGUGGUCAUGGCCGUGGCGCAGCUCUACUUCCACCUGGCGCCCAAGGCCGAGGUGGGCGUCAUCGCCAAGGCGCUCGUACGCCUGCUGCGGAGCCACAGUGAGGUCCAGUAUGUCGUGCUUCAGAAUGUGGCCACCAUGUCCAUCAAGCGCCGGGGCAUGUUCGAGCCCUACCUGAAGAGCUUCUACAUCCGCUCCACAGAUCCCACCCAGAUCAAGAUCCUGAAGCUUGAGGUCCUCACCAACCUGGCCAACGAGGGCAACAUCCCCACGGUCCUGCGUGAGUUUCAGACCUACAUCCGCAGCGUGGACAAGGACUUUGUGGCGGCCACCAUCCAGGCCAUUGGGCGCUGUGCCACCAGCAUUGGCCGAGUCCGCGACACCUGUCUCAAUGGGCUGGUCCAGCUGCUGUCCAACCGUGAUGAGCUGGUGGUGGCCGAGUCCGUGGUGGUCAUCAAGAAGCUGCUGCAGAUGCAGCCAGCCCAGCACGGGGAGAUCAUCAAGCACCUGGCCAAGCUCACCGACAGCAUCCAGGUACCCAUGGCCCGUGCCAGCAUCCUGUGGCUCAUUGGCGAAUACUGCGAGCAUGUUCCCCGUCUGGCACCUGACGUGCUGCGGAAGAUGGCCCAGUCAUUUACGGCCGAAGAAGACAUAGUCAAACUACAGACCAUCAACCUGGCCGCCAAGCUUUACCUCACCAACUCCAAGCAGACUAAACUGCUGACGCAGUAUGUGCUGAGCCUGGCCAAGUAUGACCAGAACUACGACAUCCGUGACCGUGCCCGCUUCACACGCCAGCUCAUCGUGCCCACUGAACAGGGUGGCACGCUCAGCCGCCAUGCCAAGAAAAUCUUCUUGGCGCCCAAGCCAGCCCCGGUGCUCGAAUCCUCCUUCAAAGACCGCGACCAUUUCCAGCUGGGCUCCUUAUCCCACCUGCUCAACGCCAAGGCCACAGGUUACCAGGAGCUGCCAGACUGGCCAGAGGAGGCCCCUGACCCAUCUGUGCGGAACGUAGAGGUCCCCGAGUGGACCCGGUGCUCGAGCCGGGAGAAGCGGAAGGAGAAGGAACGGCCAUUCUACUCGGACUCCGAGGGGGAGUCGGGCCCCACGGAAUCUGCGGACAGCGACCCCGAGUCUGAGAGCGAGUCCGAGAGCGAGAGUGGCAGCGAGAGCGAGUCAGAGAAGGAGGAGAAGGAGGAGAGCAGUGAGAGUGAGCAGAGCGAGGAGGAGGAGGAGGAGGAAGAGGAGGAAGAGGAGGAAGAGGAAGAGGACCGACCAAGGAAGAAGGCGCCCGCCACGAAGGGAGCCGGCUCAGAUGGGUCGUCUGAGAGUGGCAGCGGCUCCAGCAGCUCGUCUGGCUCCGACAGCAGCUCUGAGGAGGCCGAGGAGGAGCCCAAAUGGACCAAGAGGCCUACCCCCAGCAGCAAGGCCCCCGCGGCCAAGGAGAUGUCGCUGUUGGACCUGGAUGACUUCUCCGCACCCAGUGCCCAGCCCUUGUCCCCGCCAACAGCAGCAGCAGUGCCCAGCAGCCUAGCUGCCGACCUGGAGGGCCUGACCCUCACAGACACCCCUCUGGUAUCCUCGCUGCUGAGUCCAGGGUCGGCCACUCCACGCCGGGAGCUUCUACACCGUGUGGCUGGCGAGGGCCUGGUUGUGGACUACACCUUUAGCCGCCAGCCCUUCCCAGGGGACCCACACAUGGUGUCCGUACUCCUGCACUUUUCCAACAGCUCUGACAGCCCCAUCAAGGGCCUGCACGUGGGCACUCCCAAACUGCCUGCCGGGAUCAGCAUCCAGGAGUUCCCGGAAAUCGAGAGCCUGAACCCCGGAGAGGCCACCACAGCGGUCCUGGGCAUUAACUUCUGUGACUCCACCCAGGCGGCCAACUUCCAGCUGUGCACCCAGACCCGGCAGUUCUACGUGUCCAUCCAACCACCCGUAGGGGAGCUGAUGGCCCCCGUGUUCCUGAGUGAGAACGAGUUCAAGAAGGAGCAGGGUCAGCUGACUGGUAUGAAUGAGAUCACUGAGAAGCUGGCACUGCCCGAAACCUGUCGGAGUGACCAUGCUGUGGUACAGAAGGUCACGGCCCUGGCCAACCUGGGCCGAGUCCCCUGCGGGACCUCCGACGAGUACAGGUUUGCAGGGAGGACACUGACUAGCGGGAGCCUGGUCCUGCUGUCCCUGGAUGCCCGGCCCACGGGGCCGGCAGUGCUUACAGUCAACAGCGAGAAGAUGGUCAUUGGAACCAUGCUGGUGAAGGAUGUGGUGCAGUCUCUGAGCCGGUGACCUCCUCCUCUUCCUCACACUCCCGGGGUCCUCCUCUAGGCUCCUCCCUUCCCCCAGUUUCCCCAUGGAUGCUGCCACAGAAAAACCUCAAUAAAUCGUCUCCGCCCUCA